GACACUUGAAACGUCAGAUUCAAGUGCCGGGUGCCGGUGUGUAGUUCGAGAAGUUUGCGGUUAAUGCGUACGAAGUGAACAAGUGAUCGCUCACCAAAGGACAGCAAUGGAUCUUACGUACAUGCCAGGUGAAUUAGAUUAUAAAAAUGAAAAGAAAAGCAACGAUUCUGAUAUGAAGAGAGAACAUGAUUCAGUGGAUGAUUUUGAGCAUCUCGAUCCAGAUUCAUCCCCUGUUGAUAGCCAUUCAAAAGAUUUUUCAACGAUCGAAAAGUUUGAAAAUAUGUAUUCUAGUUCUGAGAAAUUGACAGGAAAAGACGUAGAUACAUCCGUUAAAUUAUUGGAAGAAGUCACUCAUGAUGAAUUGGAUUUGCUGGCUAAAAAUACAGAAUCUUUGGCAGACUGUAAUAUUUCCUCAAGUAUUAAAGACUUGAAAUCAGACUUUGACGAUGAAGUACAUCAAAUCAAAAGCAAAGUAGAUGUAACUAAUGAAGGGUCUAGUUUGUUAGAUUUUGGAAUAAGUAGUGAUAUCCCUCCCACCUCAUCAAAUGGUAAAUCUGAAAUGGUUUUGUCAAAUGACAAAUCUGAAAUUGAUGCAAUCAACAAAAAAUUCAUAUCUUCAGAAAUUGGAAUCCAUGAGGAAAAGACUGAAAAUGAAAGUGACUUAUUAAAUUUAGGCCAUGAGACUGAAAAUGGUGAUAAGUUUGUCAAAGAUUUACCUCUUACUGAUGAUCAUUUAAACAAACAAAUGAGUGAUAAAGACAUCACAAAAGAGGAAUUGGAUUUCGAUAAUACUAAAUCUAUGAAAGAAGCUGAUGCUUUAUCACAAUAUGAAAUAAAACCUGAAAAGAAGGAUAUUGGGAAGAAAGAUGAAUUAAUUGAGGAAAGUUCUGAACCAGCCUUUAAACAGGAAAGACAAGAGGCUGAACCAGAACCAGCUAAACCUGAAACGCCAUUACCAAUUCAACAGCUGGAAAACGUAACAGAAGAAUUGCAUGAAUCUAAAUUAGAACCUUCAAAAAUACAAGAAGAAUCACCAGAAGAAUCACAUGAGUUACCAAGCAAAGAAGAUAAUCCGUUAAAACACUUUAUUGCUGUUUGUCCUCCAAAACCUUCUUCGGCAUCUGAUACGGUGCCUUCUUUUACAUCUGAUACGGUAAAGGAAGUUGUGAAGAAAGUCUCUAUUUCAGAUCUAGAUGACAUCAUAGGACCCGAAGAUGUAUUCAAACGCAUUGGUCUUGACGCGUGGUUUACCCCAGAUCGACUACACCCGAUAGUGGAGGCGCUGGUGUAUUGGCGGGACCCCAAGAAGUCGGGGGUCGUGUUCGGCAGCAUCAUGGCGAUCCUGCUGUCCCUCUGCUACAUGUCCCUGAUCAGCGUUGUGGCCUACUCGUCCCUACUCGCUCUCACAGGCACCGUCUGCUUCCGCAUCUACAAGAACAUCCUGCAGGCAGUCCAGAAGACCAGUGAAGGCCAUCCUUUCAAGGAGUUCCUGGAACUGGAACUGUCCCUGCCUCAAGACAAGGUGCGGGAGAUUGUCGACACAGCAGUGGUCCACAUCAACGCCGCUAUUGUCGAGCUGCGACGACUCUUCUUAGUCGAAGACCUCGUAGAUUCCAUCAAGUUCGGAGUCUGUCUGUGGUGUUUAACAUAUGUUGGCGCCAUCUUCAAUGGAAUGACUCUUGUCAUCUUGGUGUUUGUGGCCCUGUUCACGGUACCCAGGAUCUACGAGAACAACAAGGCCAGCAUCGACACAUACAUUGACAUGGGACGGAGCAAGGUGGCAGAGAUCACAUCCAAGGUAAAAGCUGCAGUUCCCAUCGGCAAGAAGGAACCUGAGAAAGACAAGGAACAGUAAACUGUGUUGGCGAACGAUGGAGGGAAGACGGACUGCUGUCCACAGAGAACUGCCAACGCACUAUACCCAAUCAUUCACAUCUAGUUGUAGUGCUCGGCAGAUCAUCACUUGUUUCGUCCUGUCAUUUUUAUCAUUUCAUUUUAAAUGUUCGUUAUUUUAUUUGUUACAAAUAUUUUUUCAUAACUACUAUUAUAUAGGCCUACAUUUGUUUAACUAGUUUUAACAUCUCGUUUAUUUUUCCAAGCAAUAUACACUAUAACAUCUAAUGUAUUACCAGUUUUCAGUCGUCUAUUCGGAGCAGGGUGGAAAUGACAAAUUAUUUUGUUGUGUUUGUAUUAAUAAUUGUUCCUGAGCUAUACAGAAGCAUUAAACUUUUUUUCAAUGAGCUAUAUAUUUUGCAAUAUUUUUACUUUUUAUAGAAAAUAGAGUUAAAUCCUCUUUGAAGUAUUUAUAUAUAAUUGUUCUCGUGCAAUGAAAACCUAUAAAAUCGCUUUAAAAGCUUGAAUCAAACAAGAAAGGAAAGUUUUGUAUAAAGUUUAUUGAAACGUUUAAUCGAUUAUGUUGCAUGCUUGAAACUCUAUCCGUGUUGACUCUGCCUGUUACCGUGUCCGUUGGUUAUUUUAUACAGCCCUUGUUCAUUUCAGUGUUGCUUGUUUUCUGCUAGUGAAUCGUCGUUGUCACGUAAAAUAUUGUUUUUAUAUUGGUCAAAUAAAAAAAGACUAUUUUUCAAGUUUAUGGUUAAACACCUUAUCUCCUUGUGUAUAGUGGAAGGAUGUUGACAUAUAUAUAUAUAAAUAUCUUAUUUAUUAUUAUACGUAGUUAUGCUGUCAAGAAAGAAAUUAGUGUUAAGAUUUAAACUAUAUACAGUUUUAUAAAUAUUCUACAAAUGGUUCGACUUAUUCUGACUGAUAAAAACGCACGGUAAGUUUUUAAGACUUUUUCCAAGAGUGUAAGAUUUUUAAGCCGUUUUAGAAGAGUGAAUGCAUUUUUACUUAAUUUCCUCACAUUAUAAUUUGUAACUCCUUGUUUAGCUUGAUGUAAUGUGGCUGUUAAACUGUGAGAAAGGAGGGGGAGGGGGGAAUUGUGAUGGUGCAAUGGUCGAGUGCUUCACACGAUCAGAUCUUUGUAAAGUUAAUUUAUUUCUAAAUGUACCGCUGGUGGAUAGAUUAAGUAUAGGACCCUUGUAGGUUAAGUUUCUGUUAUGUGCUUUGUACACUAAAUACAGAGGUGAAAAAAACUUA